UGAAACAUUUGUGCAUAUUUUUGAAUAUCGCGUUACGGUUCAGUAUUAGUGAUCGAUGCCAGACAGGAUGUUUUCGUCCUAAGCAGAGUAAGGAUGCAAGAUGGUGUUUGUGAGCGUUUUGUUCGACGCUACUUAUUGUCGAAGAAUUUCAAAGAUACACUGAAUGCAUUCGAAAUCGAGUAUUCGAAAGAAAAAAAUAGAGGGAAAUUUCAGCCAUUGGAUAUUAUUGAUCAACUUCAAGAAGCGAUCUACGAUUCUAAUUUAUCUCAGUUAACCAAUCAGUGGAAUUUCUUAGAAAAUACACUAUUUCACCGGUUAUCGGGUGACAAACAACUUGCUGCCAAUGAGCUCAAAGUGCAUGUUUUUCGUACAUACUUAGUGCAGGCUAAAAUAAAGAAACGUCAAGCUAAAAUGACUGAGUUUUUCGAAUUACUUUCUUCGCAGUUCUCCUUUGGAAAAGAGGAAUGGCAAAGUUGGUGUGCUUUGCCUUACACAGCGGAUCCAAAAAUGCAUUCAGAGUUUUUUAUGUAUUUUACAAAGUCAUGGAUGGAUGUAUUGAUUCUAUCACUAACAAACUUCCUCUGUUUGAUUAAUUAUUCUGAAAGUAACCAAAGCAGAGUAUUUUUUGAGACAGAGUUUCCGAACCGAAAGAAUAAAUUUGUAGUCGAGAACUACGAAUAAAAGGCUGUAUAUGCAACAAGCCCAAUAGUUAGAGUAAUUUGUUCCCACUUCUAGCAAUGCAAUCAGAUAUGGAAAAUGUUUUUAUUAGUUAGGGUUUUGUUUCUACAUUUUAAACACAUGUUUAGUACUAUAAGCGUCUUCCCGGUACGCUGCUCGGUCACAUACACUGAUGUAGAAGUAUCUUUCCAUUAGUCGAGAGAAAUAGCGAAACAAACACUAGGCUCAUGCACUUUUAGCAUUCAGUUCAAUGUUGCAAUCCCUUAAACCGUUAUCUAGCAGCAGUUUCUGUACAUAUCAUAAGUAGCGAAGAGAAUAUGAUGGUGAAAGAAGCAUCAUGUGUUGUGUAAUAUAUUAAUUUAUCAGAAUCUACUAAAAAUCCCAUUUUCAUUUUAAAAAUUUUGUAUUUCUAUAGUCAAGCACAAACGAAAAGACAUCAACGUCAGGAAAUCAGUUACCAUUUGGAGAGCUCCUUGAUGACUUUAAUGAACUGGGAACUAUCCGAACAAAUUCAAAACUUUCGUGACCAUUUCAAAUGUCCAGGAGUGUGAAACAAGUGUCGUUUUUGUUAGUAACUCAUGUAUAUCGCGUAGUUCUACAUAUGACUGACUAUUGAACAUUUUCAACUAUAUUUCUGAACAAUCAUCAACGUUUCAUACUUGACCUUAAAUGUAUCUGCUAAAUGCCUUUCUCGACGGGGGUGGGUAAUGUAAUCUACUUUUAUUGAUUACUUUUUUUUCAUUUCCCCGGCUCUGAAAUCCCAUUUUCCGCCAAACCUAUUCAUUUCACACACUCUUCGGUUUUGCUGCAGUUAAAGAUGUUUUGCCUUAUUAAUUCGUUCCUCUCUUAUGUUAGUCCUGUAUCUCUAAGUGUG